GCGACCUCGGACUUUCCACAGACGGUUUCUCACUGAAAAUCUACGACUAUUCCGUACUGUAUAUGGUUUACGAACGGUCCAAGAUGCUGUCAUCAGUGCCAGCUAAAUAAUAAUGUGGUGCGACGUUGGUCAGAGUUGUGCAAUGAUGGGUCUGCAGGCCACAGCAGGAAAACGUAAGCUAGAGGGAGGUGUGGGCUGCAUGGAAUUUGACAUGGACAUGGGUGAAAGCCCGUCGAAACUGGGAAGAGUCGAGGGCAGCUGGUGGGCUAUGGAAGAUAGCUACACUCCACCGUUAAGCCAAACGCCAUCCUCGUACUACGACAUGGAGGUGUCAUCGCCUUGUCUUCAGGCAAAUCCCUGCCAACCAACCCCGAGUCCACCGCCGCCCCAGCUUCAUCAUUCCCAGCACUACUAUCAACGCGGACCUGGUAACAACGGUUACAAUCAACUAUCGAGGCCACAGCCUCAAUGGGGCACGCCUCAUCAUUACGAACCCCCUACGAUACGAAGGGAAGAGAACGGCAAGAGCUACCUGGAACUGGGUUCGAGCUACAGAGCGAACGAGAGGUGCUGCGAAGGCUCGAGGUCGAGCUGGUGCAGAAGAGGUCGAGCGUGUUACAGGCAGAGGAGACUCGCAGUCCUGAAUAUAUCCAUGUGCAAGCUCGCUAGGUAUAGACAAUUCCCGGAUCCGAGUUUGCACCGAUCCGUCCUCAUCUGCAACACCUUGAGGCACUUGGAGAGAGAAAUGGAGAGGGAUCGAAGUCCACCACCAAUGGAACCCGUGAUCCCAGCACCUAUUGCCCAAUUGCAACCGCCCGAGCAGGGCAGGCUAACGCCAUUCCCGCUACCACCCAGCUCAUCGAAUGAGACAGAUACGGAUUCUGGGAUUGGCGAUAGCGACGAUAGCAGGUCCAUCAACUGGGGUAGUGUGCUAUCGCUAUCCAGUCAAUCGCCCCUGGACCCGCUGAAUAACAACGAGCUCCUCGACGUCGAUAUAAGUCCCGACCUAGACCUCGAUUUCAUGCCUGGAUGGAAAUUGACGCCGCUCUCGGCGGACGACAUCUUGAGAAGUACAAACGGAACGCAAGAUCAGGCGUCGAGUAGCAGCGGCAACAGCAUCGGCAGCAGUAGUAAUAGCAGUAGUAGUAGUACGCACGAGUCUCUCAUGUGCGUAGGAUCAUAGCCUCCAAUCUUGACGUCGCUGAGCCAUCUCAUCGAUUUCUAUCCCUUGACACCCCAAACGAGCAAUCUCCCGAAGUCUGUCGCGCCAUCUUCAUCGUAGACGCGUAAGCGAGAUUGCACGGUCUCUAAUUAUAAUUUAUUCUUCGUGUCAAUUAUUGUAUCCCUCGGACAAUUCGGUUCUCGAUCGUUCGUCUGCGUGACUCUCCUUCGACCCGCGUACUAUUCUACGAGACUCGAGUAAAGCAAGGUUGGGUAUGCACGUAAUGCGCUCUGACUAUUAACACAAUCAUGAACAUAAUUACCGGCCGGCUUGUACGUUCGUUUAACGUACGUAUUCCAUAAGUUUUCGGGAUCCAUCUCGUCGCUCAGUCCCUCAGUCUAGAAUUCGCAUCCACGUGUAGCCCGUACGCUUAGUAGACGUACGUACGUACAUAGAAUUAUGGGUCAUUCGAUGAAAUUAUCGCGGCGAAUUCUAAGACCGGAACGUGACUCUCGUCGAUCACUGGCGGGAAACUUUCGGAGCUUUCAACGUUUUCACCGCCCCCGGGCCGGCGAUGCACCAGAGACGUGUAAAAGCGCGUGUGGGAACGCGACUCAAGGACAAAAAUAUAUAUGAGGAAAUGAGAUCGCAAGGAGCCUUCGUGUCCUUUGGCAUAGAAGCGAAUGAGAAAAUAACGAAACGGAUUAAAGAUUAUAUGAAAAAUCGUUAAGAGAGGCACGAGAUAACGUAUUGUUAAUCGCUUCCGCAUAUUUCGUCCUCAGGGUGUAUCGCUUGCCUAGCCGGCGCAACGUUGAGAACUCUACCCCGUAUAAGGACGAGCGUGAGGCGCGAAGUCUAAUAGAAAACUAAUAAUUUCAGGCGUCACGCUCGCGAAGAAAAACCGCAGUGACUUCGAAAUCACGACACGUACAUAUACUGCGUUACAUCCAUUACAAUUACAUUACGCGUUAUAAGGACACUCACAUACCUUUCUACUUUACCGACGGCGAUGCACAGAUACAUACAUGGUGCUAGGAUAUCCGACCUGGUGCUUCUUACAGUUUUGUCUCAAGAAAGCGAAAGAUAAAAGAAGAACGAGAAAGACAUAACGGUAUCGGGAGGACCCACGAUGAGGGAAAGAAAAAUGACAUAGGCAGAUGAGAAAGAUCAGUCGUUUGCAUACGUUAUGAGAAUUGCUCUGUUUUCAUCGAGGAGACGAUUAAUUAUUUUCGCGGACACAGCACGAUGUGCAUCCAACUGGGGAAAUUGGCAGUACUUGUUAAGUGCGUCCGCGAGACUGAAUUCGUUGUCUGUCGCGAUCUAAGAAUUUAUUGAUUCCAACGUAUUAAAUUAAUCGUACGGAUCGAUAAUUCCUUGGGAUUCACGACGAAGAGUCCAAUUCUUUAAGUAACGUGUUUUUCUAUACCUACCAUUCGUGUGCCGCGUGAUACUUGAUGAGAUGAAUAAUCGAUAAGCCGGAGAGAAUGUCCCGGGGGUGUAAGAGGGAUACUUUUUCUAUUCCUUUUCGUUUUCCUUUCUACGGUGGUUACGCAUCGGGCUGUGUCGAGUACCAAAUGUACCUGUACUUUAUUGAAUCAGAAUAACUCCAUGGGCCUACCUCGUAAUGUCCACUGUAUACUACUGAUCUCUCGUAAUCUACAAUUUACACGUAAAUACAGUAGGCUUUAUGGGUGCGCCUAUGGGAAUUUCGUGAGUUGGGGUCUGACGAUGGGUAGGGAUAGACGAGGUUAAUGGGGAAUAUUCAGGGUGGGGCUGAGGGUGGAUUUGAGUGCCGUGGAGAAAGUCCUCGUGAAAAUUUAGUAAUCUGCGUGCGAUCCUGUCUCACGUCCACAGUUUUCCACAAGAGCGGUUAUACUUAAAAGAAAGCUAAAUAAAUAAACAAAUCUAAAAAAGGAUAUAAAAGCUAAUUAAUGGACUUGACUGAUUACUUAAAAGAAAAAAAAAACAACGUAACUAAUACAAUGUAAGUUGAUUUAAAAGAAAAGUGUAAUUAAUUAAAUGUAACACAGAAAAAUGCUAGGUACUUCUUGUAAAUAAAUACGUUACGCGCUAAGGUCUAUAUUAUAAUAUAAAUCGGAUUAAACAAAAAAUCUACCUAUCAUUUCGAUUCAGUUCUCUUUUUCUUUUUGCUAUACUGGUAACACAGUUAUUCUUCCGUUUAAUUAUCGCGACUUCUCGGAUCUCUUCUGCUCCAUUACGUUUCGUAUCUCUAUUAAUUUAAUCGAAUUCCUAUACCGAACCUCCCGAUUCUAUUUUUUUGAUGAUCCUGCUGCUGCUGCCCCCCCCCCCCCCACGAAAUGACGAGCAAUAUUACUUUUAGCAACGCGAAAGGAAUAUAUAUGCGUAUAUAUAUAGAUAUAUGACAUAAACGCAUAUAUGGCAUAUAUACAUGUAUACACGUGGUGAUUACAGUACGUUUAAACUGUUGUUGUUUUUCUUCCAAUAGAGCUGCAAAGCUGACGCGCGAAUUGGCCGCGUGCCCAAUAGAUUUUAUUCGCAUAAAUUUCGUCCAGCGCGCCCGCUGCCAGUUCGCGCUAAUUAAUGCACCGGGUCCAUCCUUGCCAGGGAGAGGCGUCCCGUGCCACCAAGGAGAUACUUAAAGAAAACUAUAAUGAAAUAAAUAACGAUAUCCCACGAUAAAGACAUGAAUAGCUCUUAAAUGCCUAGCAAUACUCAGACACUGGUCGCACGCGAUGCCUCAUCCCGAUAAGGCAUACUCCGGGGACACUCUGCAUACUUAUGCGAUCCUCCACAACAAAAAAUUGGCACAAAGAGAGAAAAAGUGAAAUAAUAUUUAAACGCUAUAUGUAACAUAUAGGACAUACGUGGCGAGUGAGAAUGAUCAUCCGUCGCGUCAUCGGCCACACGAUGCCGCCGGACAUUCGCGCGCGAGGGUAUUUGGUGACUACAAAAGAACCUUGUAAAUAGUAUACAUAGUACGCAAAGUACGUUUAAAUAAUGAGAAUAGGUAUAAAAUGAAAUAUACAUAAGAUAUUAUUAUAUAUUAUAUAUAAACGAGAAGUAUAAGAUUAUUAUAUAUAUAUAUAUAUAUAUACAUAUAUAUAUAUAUUUACCUUGGUAAGUGAUACAAGGCGGCUGUAAGGGCUCGCUCCGUUUUAUGGGCGAACGCAGCGUGUCCAAUUGUUAUAUCAUUCUUUCUUCUGUUCACUGUCCGAAAAACAAGAGAUUUUUUUUCUUAUUACGUAUACGGCAUCACGGUGUAGAUUUUUUCGAGGGACAGAACCGAUCAGGAUCGUUUAUGAAUUUUAUAAAUUAUAUAUAUUUUCUUUACUACUCGCUAUUUUCUUUUGUAUUCUUUCUCAUUCCAAUAUCAAUUUCUACGUUCCGUUAUUAUUUUUAAAUCUUUUGUUUUUUUUUGUUUCUUUUUUUUUUAAGUAUUUUAUCUACAUACAAAUUCGUGCCAUUCUCUUUGACGGAUUCUGUCACUAUGAUCAAAUCAAUCCGGCACAAUCGUAUUCAAAGCAAUGGGCUGGUGUGACUGUGUACGAUUAAGUUCCUAUUAUAUCUAACCAAGAAUUAGUUAGCCAUUAUUUGGAUUUAACCGAAGUGCACCACUGGCCCAAUUAUACUCAUAGGCUCAGUAAAAAUUGUUCGGACGUUGAAACGUUUCUUAGUUGGUUUCUCACCGUGAGCCAACAAGUCUUUCGUCUUUCCAUUCUCUUUAUGCAUUUUAACUGCAAUUGGGAGCGAGAGGACGACCGGAAAUCGAGCGAGCCCCACUGUCGCCGGAAACCCUAGGGCAGGAAUAAAGAAACACUGUACAUUGUAAAUAGUAGUGCAGAAGACGAAAGGUUACAGAAAGACAGAGUUAAAAGAAAUUGCAUCGAAUUAGCGUCAUGUGCUUCGAGCGAACGAAAGGCGUUACUUGUUUUUUCUUAAAUUAUACUCUCUGGUCAUACCUGUUUGUAGAAUACUCUUAUAAUAGAUUGCAGUGAAAAAAUGCUGCGACAGAAAUCUUAUUUCCUUUUUUUCUAUCUCAAAUUCAAUCCUUCGUAUGAAAUAAUGAUUGCGCAUGCGCGUCUCUGACGUUACGGCGUCGUCAUCGGGAAUGCCAUUGGUUCGUUCGAGGAACUGCGCGAACCUUAAAUAGAGAAUAGAAAAGUUUUAAGAUGCACGGAGUAUCCUCUUAGGGCACGUCACGAUCACUCGACAACCGUAUUUUACAUUAUGACCGCGUCGAGAUAAAAGUUUAAUGAAAAUACUUAACAAUACGCAAAUCCUUGUAGUCUCCAUUAUUGUAAGAAUUCGUUUCCCAUGAAUUUCUAACUUUUAAUUUGACCACUUUGAUCAAGUCCGUUUCACCUGUUAAUAAUUUUUUUCGAAUCACAAUCACGCGAAUUACAAUUACUCUAGUCGUCGUAGCGGUCUUAACUGUAUGUUAUGCGCACGAGUGGUUGGACGUUGUUUGAAAUGCGCUGAGGAGUUGUAUCACGUACCGUUUUACCAAAAUACCAGCAGAUGCAGUACGAAUACUGGAAAAACAACACAAUAUGGACAACAACAACUAUCAAAACAAUAAAGAGUAUUAUUCUAUAUAUAA